AUGCCGGACGCCUUCCUGCCUCCCGAGCUCAAAGCCCAGGCCCUCGACAUGGAGUUCCACUGGGUCUCCGAGACGAACCGUCCCUGUCGCCUGACCAGUAGCAUAUCGAUGAACCCAACCGACACCUUCGACACGUGUCCGCCCCUCGACAUUGUCCUGAUGGGUGCCCAUCAUCCCAGCUACACGCCCAGCGCCGUGGAGCUCGCGUACAUCCGGAAAGCCUACGACGCCAGCGCCGCCUUCCUCACCAUCUGCGGCGGCCUCAUGGCCCCUCUCCAGGCGGGCAUCCUCGACGGCAAGACGGUCACGGCGCCGCGCUUCAUGCUCGGGCAACUGCGCGAAACGAACCCGGGCUCGACGUGGCUCGAGAAGCGCUGGGUUCGGGACGGGAAGCUGUGGACGAGCGGCGCCCUGCUGAACGGCGCCGACAUGGUGUCUGCGUUUGUGCGCGAGCAGUGGGGCCGUCAGGAGGGGAGCCUUGCGGGGGUGAUGGCAGAUAUUGGGGCUUGGCCGAACCGUGAUGUUGAUUAUAGAGAUGCGUAG